CUAUUUUCUCAUUGUUCCAGGCGACCUCCUGCUGAAGUACCCAGACAACGGUUGUUGGUGCCCCGGGCGGGUGUCUGUACGUUGUGGGCAGCUGGUAGUGUGGGCCAAAGAGCAGGGCGGCAACGGGAUCAGGGCAGCUACGGUACGGCUGCCCCUUAGGCACCUUAGUCUGAGGGCAGGACCGCUGCCCAACAGUUUGGCGCUGUGCAGGGGGAACAACGUGGUGCUUACCAUGCAGGCAUCCAGCCAGAGAGCCUUCGACGAAUGGGUGAAGACCAUCGCGAUAGAGCUGAUAAGGCAAACGCCCCUAGACGCGAUCAAAUACCUGGACAUCUUGACCAUUGCAGAAUGCUGGAAAAGGAGAGACGAUCUUCAAGAAAAAGACUGGAACUACAACGACUGCCCGUCGGAUAAGACGAAAGCGAAUGGCAACGACGAUGCGAUGGAAGAAUGUGUCACCUGUCAAAGUGAGAGCGCAAAGACAGGCGUAGAGGAGAUUUUCAGGAGGGAACCGCUUGUGAUUAGAAAUCGAGAGCAAUGCCUCCAGUGAGGACCCCAGAGAAAGUGUCUGAAGUCCCGGAAGACAUAGAAGAGAAGCAAGUGGAAGACCUCAUGAAGAAAUGCCAAAACGCGGAGAACUACGUUCCGGUUAAAGAAAAACUCUUCCUAUUCGAAUCGCUAUGCAAACUUGGAAGGAAAGUCCGAAGUACUGAAGAUGUGUCUCUGAAAAUAGACACGAGUUCGAAACGAGCCAGAUCCCUACAUGAUCUGUCGAACAUUAAUUCGCAUAUUGCUGUUAGGGAAAUUUGUAAAUAUUUCGAGAAUAAGAACGAAACGCAAGAAAACACAUCAGAGAAUCAAGUGGUGUCGAAAUUUAAGCUGAAACGAACCUUAGAGUGUAAUAAUGUGUAUCAUAGGUUUCCCAGAGCAAUUUCAUAGUAUACCGGGGUUGUGUGAAAAAUACUGGCAUCUUCAUGCAACGUAAAGACAUGAACACUUAACUCAAACUUCGGGGCCUAAAAAACUCCGUGGUGAUCCAGUUUCGGUAAGAAAAAUGAUGUUGCGCUGUCAAAUAGGCAGCUUUACUCAAUAUUAUAUUUCUCAUGUGUUAGGUGUCAGUAUUUUUGUUUGUAAUGUUCUCUUGCCAAAAUUACUUCAUUUAAAUAAAAUUUAAUAAAUAUGACCAAUCAAAAUGGCUGAAAUGUAGUAAGUUAUAUGCCAUAAUAUUUUGAUCAAAUAUCUUAACGAGCCCGAAGCUUCAAAUAAUGUCCCUUUUUUCGCUUUUUCCAACUACCUGUUUGCAACAGUAUUCUAAAUCCUUUUCAUCUGAUUACUUCAUGAUGUGUAUAGAGUUGACUAAAAAACAUCGUUUUUUUGUCAUAAAAUGCGUUUUUGUGAAUUUUUUCUUCGG